AUGGACGAUCGGGCUGAGAAGGCGAUGGUCAACGACGAAACGGAGAAGGAGAAGAAGAAGAAUCGUGAAUUGACACGUGAGAAUGGGGAACUGAAGGAGAAGGCAGCGAGAUUAUCGGGAGAGAUCGAGGAGAUGAAAGGCGUGGAAGCCGAGAUGAAACAGAGCUUCGAAGAGAUGGAGACGGAUAUCAAGCAGCUAGAGGAAGAGAAGAAGGGUUUAGAGACUGUGUCGGCUCGAGCCGUGGAGCUCGAGAGCGAGGUGGAGAAGAUUCAGGAAGAUCUCGUCAACGCGUUGAGAGACGGAGACGAGAGGGAGCUGGAGUUGGAGGAGCUGAAGAGAGAGCUGAUGGAGAAAGGAGAGAGCUUUGAGAGGUGUGAGAAGGAAGCGGGGAGUUAGAUGGAGAAGAAAGGUAGGGACUUGGAGAGGAAAGUAGGGGUUUUGGAAGUGAGGUUGAUGGAGGAGAGGAGCAAGAAAGUUAGGGUAGAGGAGGAGAUGAGGGAGAAGGGUAACGAGAAAGAGGGAGAGAUCGAGGAGCUGAAGAGGAAAGUCUCUGACUUUAAAAUGGGUUUAGUGAAGGGUAUGAUGGAGCUGGAGAGAUUGGAGGUAGAGAAGAAGCUAAUAGAGGAAGAUUUGAGUGAGUCGCAGAUAAAGGAAAAGGAUUUGGAGCUGAGGAAGGAGGAGUUGUUGAAGAAGGUGGGUGAAGCUGAGAAAACACUGCUUGUGUUGAACGAGAGGAUCAUGGAGCCUACUAAUGGAGUCAGAGACAUAAAGGAUGGUGGCCAGAAAUGCUCCUUGGAAGGACAAUUGCAUUGGCCAGUUGUUGCUGCUGGUUCGGUUGGAGCUUUGGGUUUGGUUGCAGCGACAGUGUUUGUAUGCUACUCUAAACGUACAUGAUUCAAUAAUAUUGAGAGGUUUAACU